AUCAGGCUGCAUUUUCUCUUAAUUUACUGUGAGAGUGAUUAACCUGCUGCUGCUGCUGCUGCUUUUCACUCUGGGACACUUUGUGCUGAAUAUUUAAUGAGUUCCAGGAUGGAUAACAAGUCAUACGUGGUCCAGAUGAACGGGAACGGCGUCCACAGCAAAGGCCUGAAUGGAACCGGGGUCAACGGGAAGAGCGCCAACGGUCAGAGCGUCAACGGGAAGAGCCUGAACGGGAAGGGCUUCCACCACGUCAACGUGAACGGCAGCCUGUAUCCCGCCAAGGCCAAGAGCCGCCGGCACAUGUGGGAGGUGAAGCCCUCGGAGAUGGCCAACAACACGCUGAACCCCAUCAGGGCCAUCGUAGACGGCAUGAAGAUCACACCCAACCCGGAAAAACCCAUGAUCGCCCUCUCCAUAGGCGAUCCCACUGUGUUUGGAAACCUGCCUACGGACGAAACUGUGCUGCAGGCUCUGAAAGACUCCAUCGACUCCCAGAAAUACAAUGGCUACGCUCCUUCUGUUGGUUACCUGAAGAGUCGGCAGGUUGUGGCGAACUUCUACAGCUGCCCCGAGGCGCCACUGGACGCAGAGGACGUGAUUCUGACCAGCGGCUGCAGUCAGGCCAUCGACCUGUGUAUCAGUGUCCUCUGCAACCCCGGGGACAACAUCCUGGUACCCUGCCCGGGCUUCUCCUUAUAUAAGACUCUGGCUGUUUCCAUGGGCAUCGAGGUCAAACUCUACAACCUGCUGCCAGAGAAGUCGUGGGAGGUCGACCUGCAGCACCUGGAGAGCCUGAUCGACGAGAGGACUUCCUGUCUGAUCGUCACCAACCCGUCCAAUCCCUGCGGCUCCGUCUUCACCAAAGAACAUCUGCAGCAGAUCCUCAAAGUGGCCUCCAAACACUGCCUGCCCAUCCUGGCCGACGAGAUCUACAGCGACAUGGUCUUUCCGGGCUGCUCCUGUCCGUCCAUGGCGUCCCUCAGCAGCAGCGUCCCCAUCCUGUCCUGCGGUGGUUUGGCCAAACGCUGGCUCGUCCCCGGAUGGAGGAUGGGCUGGAUUCUCAUCCACGACCGGAAUGACAUAUUUGGACCUGAGAUUCGUCAGGGUCUGGUCAAGCUGAGCCAGCGGAUCCUCGGGGCCUGCAGUAUCGUCCAGGGGGCGCUAGAGGGCAUCUUCAACAACACACCUCCGAGCUUCUACAACAGCACCAUCAGCUUCCUGAAGUCCAACUCAGAGAUCUGUUUCAAUGAGCUCUCCACGGUCCCCGGUUUGAACCCCGUGAUGCCUUCAGGGGCCAUGUACCUCAUGGUGGGGAUCGACAUGGACCACUUUCCAGAGUUCAAGAACGACGUGGACUUCACCGAACGUUUGGUCAUCGAUCAGUCCGUCUUCUGUCUGCCGGCUUCGGCGUUCGAGUACCCCAACUUCUUCCGCAUCGUGGUGACGGUGCCGGAGGAGAUGAUGGUGGAGGCGUGCGUCCGGAUCCGAGAGUUCUGCCAGCGUUACUACCGUCCCCGUAGCUGCGAACUGGACCAGUGACGCGGUGGUGAAGUGUACGGUACGGGUAGAGACACUCGAGCAGGAAUCAGCUCUGAAAUCCCACCGUGAGAUGAAGUUAGAAGAGUAGAAAUGUGGUGUUGAAACUGUGCUAAUGCUAGCGUCACGGCUGACACCACAACACAUCGGACGGUGUAAUUUUUCUGUAAAGCUUAUAAAAUGAGUAAACCAAAUAUUUAUAUUUUCUACAAGCUACACGUGUUAACCUCUAUUUGUUCUUGGGUAUUUAUAUAAUUUGUGCAAUGCUGUUUAGGCUUCUUGCAUAUCAGACCAAACUUCUUUUUGAUGCCUAAAAAGGCAACCAGAGGUUUCAAAUAGGAAAAAUGUUUGUAUAUGUUUAAUAGUGACCUCUGGUGGUCGGAGUCAUUAUGACAGGAGCAAUGAAAAAAGUGGAAACGUCUAAAAAAAAAAUUAGAUCUCUAAAUGUUUCAAACCCAAUACCGUACUCCAUCAGAUUCUUCCUGUGAGCAACGUGGCAAUAAGUUAUUGCAGCCUUCUAUUCCUAAAUCCAGUUCUUUCAACAUAUUUAACUUUACUUUUUCACAAAGUUCUAGCUGCUUAUUUCUUCAAGUGUGUCAUAUUGUCCAAAAGUCUAAUGUUUAUUUUUAAACUUUGUGUUUUUUUUAUUGGAUUUUUUUGAACAACCCAAAAAUGAUUUGUAUUUCCAUUGUUUGAAUUCAUCAAUGAAAAGCCAUAUAACGAAUUAUUUCCUAUUUGAAUCAAAUGAUUCAAACUUGAUUAGGUUAACUGUAGCUCUUUAAAAACAUAAAUAUCCAUGUAUUUCAAAUUACUCAUCAUUCCGACUUUUUUUUCCAUCAUAAACUGAUGAUCGAUCUUCAUCAAUUUAUGUUGCUGAUAAUCCUCUUUAUAAGGACUUUCUCUGGAUAUUAUUUGCUUGUUAACCGUGUUAAACUGUAUGUAUGUAAAUUGUUUUUCCCUUUUUCAGCACUAUAUUUGGUAUUGUACUGUUGUUAAUAGCAAAUAAACCAUGUU